AUUGGCCCCAGCUACCCAACAACAACCAAACUAUGGCAAUUCAGUAAAAUCCUUCAUGUCAUACCCCCAACCCCAACUCCUUUUUUAAAUAGUCUUUCCACUUUCCAUCCUCCAAAAACCAUCCCUUAAACCCCUCCCUCUUCCUUUCUCUUUCUCUUAUUUUUUUUUUCCCUUUUCUUUCCUUUUCUCUCUCUCUCUCUCUCUCUCUCUCUCUCUCUCUCUUUCUUCCUCUAAACAAACAAAGAACAACAAUGGCCACACUCCUUUUACAUAACCUAAGCUUCUUGAUGAUGAUGAUCCUCACCAUAUUUUCUCUUGUCUGUCCACAGCUCUCUCUUUCCUCUUCCAUCCAUGACCUUCUCAUCUCAAAAGGGCUACCAGCUGGUCUUUUACCUAAAGGAGUUAAGUCUUUCACAUUCUCUGAUCAAGAUGGCCUGCUUGAAGUGUUCCUUGAUGGUCCUUGCUUAACAAAAUUUGAGAAUAGAGUUUUCUUUGAAAGUGUAGUUAGGGCUAACCUUACCUACCGUAGUCUUUCCAGUGUUGUUGGUUUAUCUCAGGAAGAAUUGUUUCUUUGGUUACCCAUUAAAGAUAUCUCUGUUGAUGAUCCAAGAUCAGGGCUUAUACUCUUCGACAUUGGUGUUGCUCAUAAACAACUUUCUUUAUCCCUCUUUGAAGAACCUCCUGACUGCAAGCCUCAAGGUGGGUUGAAGAAUGGCGUGAGGAAAGAGAAAGGAUUUGAGGCCUUGAGAUAGAAAAAAAGAUGCCAAGUUGUUACACCUUUGUCUUUUCUUUUUAUUUUUUUUUCCUCCAUAUAAUGUUUAUAUAUAUAUAAGUAUAUGAUGUUAUGUGGUGAGUAAUGGACCAUCUUUUUUUCUUUCCUAAUCAUAGUUUUAUAUUUUUGUAGGGUUAUUAGAUUAGAGAAAGUUUGUUUUUCAGUUGUAAAGCAUGUGAAAAAUUAUGGAAUCUUUUGUGUCCCUAAUCAAAUUAGAAGUUCUAAUCUUGUAA